CGUUAGUUCAGUUACAACUGAACUGAACUGACAAUAGUUACAACUGUUUGUCCCAGAAAGCACGUGGUUUGUGUUCGUAUUCAGCGAUGAAGUACUGAGAAGUUUCUAAACGUGCGGCUGGGGGAAGGCAUGGUAGUUUCUUGUGGUGAUGGGAGGAGCAGAAAAAGUCACAAGUGCUGUUUUUGUCGUGUAUGGCUUUUGGGGGCAUAAAGGUGAGGCAGUGUGUGGAGGGUAUUGAGCUGUAGUGAGCUGAUAGAAGGAGACGGCUGUGCAGUCUGAAAGUGUCAUAGUACGUGCUGAACUGGGAGGAGGUAUUUUCGGUAGGAAAGCUGCAAGGUCUUUCCUCGGUCUGGUUUCCUCGCUCGGAGAAGGCAGUGUUGCCUAGACGUUCCGAAGAAUGUUAUUUUUCAAAAGCGCAGUCAGAACCUGGCGCUCUCCUCUGCAUCCCAAUGGAGAAAACGGACACUGUUGAACUGUAAAGAGACAAUGGCAGCAGAACAGAUUUCAGCAGCUUCCCUCAUUGACCGGACCAUGAAGAUAAGGAAGGAGGCUGAGGAGCGGAAAGUGGUCUGGGCCUGGGGACUCCUUAAUAUAUCUCUUGCAGGGAUGAUAUAUGCUGACAUGCCUGGAAAAUUUAUAAGCUCGUAUUGCAACAUCACAUACUGGCCACUGUGGUAUAUCGAGCUUGCAUUUGCAUCCCUGUUCAGCCUGAAUGCCUUAUUUGAUUUUUGGAUGUACUUCAAAUACACAAUGGCACCAACUACCUUGGUCAUGACUCGUAGGCAGCAGAUCCUUCUAGGGAUGCAGAAUGCAGCGGUACAGAUAAUUCCACCGCAUGAGCUGGCAGCGAAGAAGGUCCCUUCUUCUACGCCUUCUCCUACAAUCCAGGGUCAAAGUGUGCUGAGUUACAGCCCAGCCCGCUCCCCCAGGGCCAGUCCAAAGUUUGCAUCUGGUUGUAUCGUGGGGUACAGCCCUCAGCUGCAGGCUCCGUCAAGCAACAGUGCUUCUUACAGCAGUGCUUUAACCUAUUCACCAAGCAGCAGCUACAGUAAGCUUUCCAGCUUCAGCCCUUCUACUGGUUCACCAUAUCCCACAAGCAUUGGACCAGUGGAAAGCAGCAGGCUAAGGGCUCGUUACCGCUCUUCACUAAUUCUGUGUAAUUCCCGUAUUGGUCAAGACGAUGAAAUCACAGACCUGAAGUCGCUGCAAAAGUACCUUCGAAGUGAAGAAGAGAAACAGCGUAGACUUCAAUUGGGAAGUUCAGAUUCCAGCUUUUGGAACUACAGCCGUUGCUUAGUAGAGCAAGCACAGGUGCUGAGAAACUUCCAGUAUCAGCUGGCUUGCAGGUCCCAAGUUCCAUCAGCGAACAAGGACGAAGCUUAUCUGAGCUCUCCGCAGGCUGCAGAAGAAGUUUGGGCAAGGGUGAUUGUGAAUCGACGACAGCUUGAUCACAUGGAUUCCUGGACCGCUAGGUUCAGAAGUUGGAUUAAUGAGACUAUUUUAGUGCCACUUGUACAAGAGAUUGAGUCUGUGAGCACUCAGCUGAGAAGAAUGGGGUACCCAGAAAUGCAGAUUGGAGGGAGACUGUUCAAAGUUCUGUCGUGGGCGCAGAUGGCGUGCUGGCUCUUCUUGCAUGCCAGCAUCAGCACUCUGAAAGAGGCAGCGAUGAUUAAAGCUCCACUCAUUCCAAAUCUGAACGGUAUAGAGCAGUAUUUGGAUAUUACACCGAACCAAGAGUAUUUGGUUGAAAGGAUCAAAGAGCUCUCUCAGGGAGGAUGCAUGAGCUCAUUCCGGUGGAACAGAGGAGGAGAUUUCAAAGGCCGUAAAUGGGGCACUGACUUGCCCACUGACUGUGCUAUAUUCAGUUACUGGGGAGAAGAAGAAACAGGAGAUCCGUAUAUCCUUAUGCACAUAUUCUGCACUUACCUCGACUCCAGACUGCCACCUAGCCCCAAAUAUCCUGAUGGCAGAACCUUCACUUCACAACACUUCAUUCAAACACCAGAUAAACCAGACAUUACAAAUGAAAAUGUAUUUUGCAUCUACCAAAGCAACAUCAAUCCACCCCACUAUGAGCUGAUCUACCACCGCCAUGUCUACAAUCUGCCUGAGGGCAGAAACAACAUGUUCCAUACAUUGCUUAUGUUUCUGUACAUCAUAAAGACAAAAGAAUCUGGGAUGCUUGGGCGUGUAAAUCUUGGUGUAUCAGGAGUCAAUGUUCUAUGGAUUUUUGGAGAAUAACUUCUCUAGCAAGACUCCAGCUCAGAAGAAGAAUGAUCCUGCUUCUCUGACGAGAUGAACUGAGCAGCGUCAUUACACUUGUUGCCUUAAACAUGGACUAUGAAAAGGGAUAAUUUAAACUCUGCUUUAUGGACAGAGGGGAAAUGUUUGUAAUUCCCAUAGUUUUUGGGAGGAUACUCUUUAAAAUAUUUCACUGUUGAAAUGCAUCUAAAUAGGAACUCCAGGCAGGUGUUCUCUUUCUGGCUCCUCACCUUAACGAAUCCUAUUUAAAAAAACAAAAAAACAAAAACCUUGCUAUUUCUGUUGCAUUUACCCUUCAAUGCCAUUGCUGCUCUAAAGAGCUUAACGGACCGCAGGCAGCUCCCAUGGGCUUACACAGCCGCUCGCUCACAGUCCCUGGAAAAGGUAGUUACUGCCAGGUUCACAAGAUCCAAGAUAUUCCAGGUGGGCAUAACAGAUGCCAAGUUAGUAAGUUUACACUGUGUUUUGGUUAAUUUAAUUAUAUGCGAUCAGAAAGAACAUCUUUCAUCCCUGCCCGUUGGAAUAAUUGGAUUUUAUGACCUCAUUAGAUGUUUCAGGUGUCUCCACUGCAAAUAUAAGGGAAAGAGAAAACUGACUUGCUAGUUUCAGUAUAUGUUUAUAAGGUAGAUUUAAAAAAAAAAUUCAAAUGUGACUGUCUUACGAGUUACAAGAUGUUGUGGGUGAAUUGAGUACUACAGUGUUACCCUGCUUUUGCUUUUUAACUUUUUAAAGUUUAUUUAUUUUAUUUCUCGCAUCAGCUUUUCUGCUAGCAACUUAUUUUCAGGGCCUUGCAGGCUGGCAUGUGGCUUCAGCAUCCCUGCAGGAAACCAGGGUGGAUACAGCUAUGUCCCAGGGAUUUACGGGAACAUCCCUAAUUUCCUGUUGCCUCACCAAAGCCAGAAAUGGCUUUUUUUUUUUCCCUGAGGGCAAGUGGAUGCCAUGUGGCCAGAGCCCAGCUUCUGAGCCUCCGGCUUCUUAGGCUCUGCCCCCUGCGGUGGCAGGGAUUAUUCCUUAGGAAGAGUCAAAUCCUGGGACCAUGGGCCAGCCUGCGGUUCACGUCGCAGUGCCGGUCUCUUUAUUAAAAGCUCGGGCAGCAGCGGGGUGUGCCUGUUCUCAUAUAACCCCACGCGGGCGGUUAACCCCGGCCCUGUGAGUGGGUGCUCCGCUUGUAGGGAGUCCCCUUUUGGGGAAAAACACUUGCACUUGUUUCAAAGAAUAGGCCCUUAAAUAUUGCUGAGAAGCUUUUUUUUUGGGGGGGGGGGGGUGGGAAUCCAUUGCAAAUUCAGGCAAUCCAGAAGGUUUUAGAAGUGUAUGUGGUUAAUUAUUUUUUUUUAAAGAGAGGGGUGAAACUGCGUAAAUCCGGAGAUGCCAAGGACUUGUGAGCUGCAGGUGAGGGUGCCGGCUCAGUUUCCCUCAGGGAUUCUCGGGGAGCAAAAAAGGGAACCUCUUAGUGUCACUGCAAACUGCCAAAAAAAUCCAGAACUUGAAAAUCUUACUGGUUCCUUGCUGGUGGAGAAUGCACCGUGUGCAGUAGUUUUAUUACGACAAUAUAUUUUUGUACUGUAUUUUUGUACCGGAUUUUGGUUCGCCUGCCUAAGGCAUUUCACUGUGCUCAAACCAGGUGCUGUCAUUUUUGUAAUCUCUGGCGGGUCGCUAUGUUUUGGCAUGAGCCAAAUGUGUAUAUAUGUAUAGAGGAAAUGAAUGUUACUGGAGAUCCCAUCUCCGCGGGGAGGUGACUGUUAACAAAAGAGCUUAUUUUGUCCCUUUAUUAAAUUGGUUUGUUUUA